GUGCUGAGUCAGGUGCACCCGAAGCUGUCGGCGCAGCAGGAGGCGCUGCAGUACAUCGAGGGCCUGAUCUUGGUGCUGCUCAACACUCUGUGUCAGGCUCAGCCGCGCUCCGUGCAGGACGUGGAGGAGCGAGUGCAGAGGAGUUUCCCGCACCCCAUCGAGAAAUGGGCCAUCGCCGACGCUCAGGCCGCGAUCGAGAAGAGGAAGAGGAGGAACCCGCUAGCGCUGCCUGUCGACAAGAUCCAGCCGCUGCUCAAGGUGUGCUGCGCUCAAUCACAUCAGAGCCAGCAUCCGAGCAGUCUGCCGUUAUUCAUCAACUCACAUCUUAUAGAACGACACUUACUCCCGCUCCUCCUCCUCCCCGCGCUGCUCCUGUUCCUGCGGCUCAUGUGUGUGUGUGUGUGUGUGUGUGUGAGAGAGUGCUCUGUUCUUCAGGACGUGGAGAACAUCUUCAGCCGGAUCGUGGACAUCCAUGAGGUGACGGUGAAGCUGCUGGGGCUGAUCGAGGACACGGUGGAGAUGACCGACGAGGGCAGUCCUCACCCGCUCGUGGGCAGCUGCUUCGAGGACCUCGCCGAGGAGCUGGCCUUUGACCCCUACGAGACGUACGCACAGGAUAUCCUGCGCAGCGGCUUCCACGAUCACUUCCUGAGUCAGCUGUCCAAACCCGGAGCGGCCAUCUACCUGCAGUCCAUCUGUGAAGGCUUCAAAGAGGCGGUGCAGUACGUGUUACCGCGGUUACUCCUCACGCCGCUCUACCACUGCCUGCAUUACUUCGAGAUGCUGAAGCAACUGGAGGAGAAGAGUGAGGAUGAGGAGGAUAAACAGUGCUUGAAACAAGCCAUUACAGCCCUACUGAACCUGCAGAGCAGCAUGGAGAGAAUCAGCGAGUCGGCGUGCCGCUUCUACAGCCAGCAGAUGAAGGGCAAACAUCUGGCCAUCAAGAAGAUGAAUGAGAUCCAGAGGAACAUCGACGGCUGGGAGGGCAAAGACAUCGGCCAGUGCUGCAACGAGUUCAUCAUGGAGGGGACGCUCACGCGGGUCGGCGCCAAACACGAGCGCUACAUCUUCCUGUUUGACGGCCUCAUGAUCUGCUGCAAGUCCAACCACGGCCAGCCGCGUCUGCCGGGAGCCAGCGCCGCCGAGUACCGGCUCAAAGAGAAGUUCUUCAUGAGGAAGGUCCAGAUCAACGACAAGGACGAUAAGGAGGGCGAGUACCGGCACGCCUUCGAGAUCAUCCUGAAGGACGGGAACAGCGUGGUGUUUGCUGCUAAAUCUGUGGAGGAGAAGAACGGCUGGAUGGCGGCGCUGAUCUCGCUGCAGUACCGCUCCACGUUGGAGCGCAUGCUGGACACGGCCAUGCUGCAGGAGGAGAAGGAGGAGCAGAUGAGGCUCCCCGGGGCCGAGGUGUACCGCUUCGCCCAGCCCGACUCUGAGGAGAACGUCGUGUUCGAGGAGAACGUCCAGUCCAAAUCCGAUCCCAAUUUCGUCAGGACGUUUUUGACCACAUGCCGAUCAUUCUGUAAACCUCAGGAGCUGCUGGAUCUGCUCAUGGAGAGGUUUGAUAUUCCCGAACCUAAACCCACAGAAGCGGAUCAGAUGGCCAUGGAGAACGGAGACCAGCCGCUGAGCGCAGAACUCAAACGCUUCCGCAAAGAGUUUGUUCAGCCUGUACAGCUCAGGUUUGAUAUUCCCGAACCUAAACCCACAGAAGCGGAUCAGAUGGCCAUGGAGAACGGAGACCAGCCGCUGAGCGCAGAACUCAAACGCUUCCGCAAAGAGUUUGUUCAGCCUGUACAGCUCAGUUUGACAAACACAAUCAAAUGGUUGUUGUUAAACAAUUUUUUUCCUUUUUUUUUUUCAGAUCCCAAUUUCGUCAGGACGUUUUUGACCACAUGCCGAUCAUUCUGUAAACCUCAGGAGCUGCUGGAUCUGCUCAUGGAGAGGUUUGAUAUUCCCGAACCUAAACCCACAGAAGCGGAUCAGAUGGCCAUGGAGAACGGAGACCAGCCGCUGAGCGCAGAACUCAAACGCUUCCGCAAAGAGUUUGUUCAGCCUGUACAGCUCAGGGUGUUGAAUGUGUGCAGGCACUGGGUCGAGCAUCAUUUCUAUGACUUUGAGAGAGACGCUCAGUUGCUCCGGCGGCUGGAGGAGUUUAUCGGUAUGGUCAGAGGUAAGGCCAUGAGGAAGUGGGUGGAGUCCAUCACGAAGAUCAUCCAGAGGAAGAAACAGGCUCAAGCCAACGGCCCCAGUCACAACAUCACGUUCGAGAGCUCGCCGCCACCCAUCGAGUGGCACCUGUGUAAAGCGGGACAGACGGAUCAGUUUGACCUCAUGACCCUUCACCCCAUCGAGAUCGCCCGACAACUCACGCUGCUGGAGUCCGACUUCUACAGGGCGGUUCAGCCGUCAGAGCUGGUGGGCAGCGUUUGGACUAAAGAAGACAAAGAGAUCAACUCCCCGAACCUGCUGCGAAUGAUCCGCCACACCACCAACCUCACGCUGUGGUUCGAGAAGUGCAUCGUAGAAACGGAGAACGUGGAGGAGCGUGUGUCCAUCAUAUCGCGCAUCAUCGAGAUCCUGCAGGUCUUUCAGGAGCUCAAUAACUUCAAUGGCGUUCUGGAGGUGGUGAGCGCCAUGAACUCAUCGCCCGUUUACAGACUCGACCACACCUUCGAGCAAAUCCCGAGCAGACAGAGGAAGAUUCUGGAGGAAGCUCAUGAACUCAGUGAAGAUCAUUAUAAGAAAUAUCUGGCUAAACUCAGGUCCAUCAACCCCCCCUGUGUGCCCUUCUUUGGGAUUUAUUUAACAAACAUUCUGAAAACUGAGGAGGGAAAUCCAGACUUCCUGAAGAGACACGGCAAAGAGCUGAUCAACUUCAGCAAACGGCAGAAAGUGGCGGAAAUAACCGGAGAAAUCCAGCAGUACCAGAACCAGCCGUACUGCUUAUGUGUGGAAAACGACAUACGGAAGUUCUUUGAGAACCUGAACCCGAUGGAGGACAUGACGGAGAAGGAGUUCGCCGACUAUCUGUUCAACAAAUCUCUGGAGAUCGAGCCGCGUAACGCUCGCACGCUGCCUCGAUUCCCGAAGAAAUACAGCUGUCCUCUGAAGUCUCCGGGGGUUCGUCCAUCCACCGUCCGCCCGGGAACCAUGCGGCACCCGAUGCCGUUGCAGAACGAGCCCCGGAAGAUCAGCUACAGCCGCAUCCCAGACAGCGAGACGGAGAGCAGCAUCGCUUCAGCGCCCAACUCGCCCCGCACACCGCUGACACCUCAACCAGCCUCCACCGCAUCCAGCUCCACCGAGAUCUGCAGCGUCUUCGACUCCCCGCAGCCGCCCUCCAGCCCUUUCGACUCCAGUACAACUCACACACACACACACUCUCUCUCUCACACACACACACACAUGAUGUCGAAGCACCUGGACAGUCCUCUGGCGGUCCCGCCGCGUCAGCCCACCUCCAAGGUGUACUCGCCCCGUUACUCGCUGACGGAGCCGCCCAAGAGCCCGCCCACCCUGCCGCCGCGGGAGCCUCCGCCGCUGGGAGCCUCCGGGCCGCCCGUCCCGCCGCGCCACAGCACCUCACAGUCACCCAUCCCCAAACUCCCUCCCAAGCAGGCCGCCGCUGCUGGAGAACGCAAACCCCUCGUAACCUAA